AUCCGUUCACCACCCAAUUAUUUAUUAUACACUGACUGUCUUUUGACAACGCAAAUGCAGUUUAAAAACUUGCCAAAAUACUAGAUUCCUUAAAAUGGACGACAGCGAUUUCAGCGAUAAUCAAGAGGAGGGUGAGGAGGGUCAGGAUGAGGUCCUGGACCCCGAUAAUCCGGAGCAUGCUUUCGCGAUCAUCGAACGAGACUAUAGUAAGACCGUAACAGAGAUAGAGCAAAUACCCGAGGCAGCCCAGUUCGCCGAGGAGUUCAACAAACUGUUCGAGGCAUAUUUUCACACCUACACGAGGCAACGCGAGGCAGAAGAAACCAAUGCGGAGUACGAAACGGAACUGCAAAAGAGAAGAUCGCAACUGGAUAUAGCGCUUAAGUUAGCGCAAGAAGACAAGACCACCAUAGACACUUUGAAAGAUGAAAUUGACAAGGCUUGGAAGCUUGCGGAUGCUGCUCAUGCUCGUGAGCAACUUGCGCAAGAAAUCAUCGAUAACUUGAGGGCGCAGGUUGAGAACCUGAAUGCGGAAAUCGAGUUUAAGAACAAGAUGAACCAGGACUCCGAAGAAGUGGGAGAACUGAGUAAGCACAAAGAUGGUCUGGAGAGAGAACGCGACAAACUGAUCAAUGAAGUUACGCAACUUGCCACCAAACUGAACAACGCUGUUAGUUACCAAGAAGAGUUGGAACGGAAGAACUCUGAGGCCGACCUAAAGAUCAAUGAAAUUGCCGGACAACUAGAGGAUCAAGCCUCCGAGAUCCUACGUGUGAAACGAGCAAAGGACAAACUGGAAGCAGAUAUAGUGGAAAUGAGUUCAGCCCUCGAGGAAAAAGAAAACUCCAUACGGAAUUCCAGCCAAGUGAUCGCCGAUUACGUGAAAAAGGCCACCAGAAUGGAAAACGACUUAAAGGAGCAGAAACUCUCCUACGAAAAACUCUGGAAGGAGAACGACCAAGUUUCCAUUAAACUGGCGAAGCUACAAGAGGACUUUAACAGCACCACUUUCGAGCUGGAAAAACUAAAGAAAUCUUAUCAAGAGCGUUUGAUAGAUAUCAAGAGUAACGAAGACGAGAACCUGCGACUGCGCAACGAAAUCGCCAAACUAUCCAAACUGAAAGACGCUGCCGAGAAAAAAAUCAUCACGAUGAACACCGAAAAAGAUGAGAUCACGUUGGAGAAAACGAACAUUCGGCAACGGGUGGCUCUUCUAGAAAGGGAAAUCGAUGAUUACAAACGAUUCGCGGACGACGACAAACGAGCCAUGGAAACGAUCAAUAAGGAAAAAGACAUUUUGAACAAAACCAUCCAGAGGCAACAGGUGGUCGCCAGGGAUCAGCUGAAACUGAUCCAGAUCCAAGACCAGAGCAAGAAGAAGCUAGAAGUGGAGCUGGACUCGUUCUUCCUGGAAAGCGGAAAGCAAAAGAAGCAGAUCCAUCAGCUUGAGAGAGAAAGGGAUAAGUUGGCCGAGGAACAGCUGGACCUCACCAAAACGAUCGAGGAUUGCAUGGACGAUAUAAGACAGAAAAAGGGGCAUAUUUUCGAUCUGAAAAAAACGAUAACAGAGCAUGAGAACCAAGUGAGACAGCAACAGAAUAUUUACGAAGCGAUCAGGGCGGAUCGGAACUCGUUGCAAAAGUCGUUACAAGAGUCGACUGCCGAAUGCGGGGAACUGAAGAAGAAGUUGAAGAUCGUGUUCCAUCAGACCGAGCAGCUGAAAGAAGACGUCGCCAUGAAGGAAAAGCUGCUGAUCAAAGACGAAAAUGUGAUGAGGAAAAUCAGUAAAGAGAAGGACAACCUUAAGAUAGAAGUUAUGGCCGGCCUAAAACAAAUACGAGAGCUAAAGCAGGAAAUUAAAGAGCAGAAGGAGGAAGAAAAACGGUUACACAAAACCAUUCUGGAGCACGAAAGGAUUAUUAGGGGCCAAAGCAAAGAUAUGGAACAGAUGAUGAACGAGCGAGACGUUCUUGGGUCGCAGCUGGUCCGAAGAAAUGACGAAAUCGCUUUGCUGAACGAGAAAAUUAAAAUUUUGCAGUUCACUUUGUCUAGAGGUGAAACCCAGUACGACCAAAGGCUGACGGAUGUAAAAUUCCUGAAAAUAGAAGUGAAAAGGCUGCGACAAGACAAAAUGCUAAUGACCAAAACGGUGGAUAAUAUGGUGGACUUAAAACAGGAAAUUUUCCAUCUGGAACGGGAUCUGACCAAGUCGAAGCUUCAGUGUAAGGCGUUGGAGCAAGAGGUGCAGAACCCUUUGAACAUCCACCGCUGGCGGAAGUUGGAAGGUUCCGAUCCGGAAGUGGUGGAGCUGUUGCAGAAAAUCAAGAUUUUGCAAAAGCGGUUACUUCAUCAAGCUUCCGAAGGGGUCGAGAGGGAGAGGCAGCUGAAAGAGGCGGAACGACUGUAUCUGAAUUUAAGGCAGGUGCUUGCCAAGCAACCCGGACCUGGAAUCUUAGAUGAACUUACCAAGACUCAGCGAGCGUUAAAAUUACGUGGAGACAAGUUGAAGUGUUUAGUAUCUGAACUAAAUCUGGCGGAACUAAAGGUCACGGAAUACAAGCAAGAUCUGCAAAAAGUCAACGAGGAAUUGGCGGAAUUAAAGCGUAAAUAUUUAGAAGAAAAGAAAGCGAAUCAAUCGAGACGCGCGACACUGGAUUCUAGCGCCGGUAGAGGAGGUAGAGCUGGGUCGCUGAACGAAGAAAACAGCGAAGUACGUUUUACCGGCGGCGGUUUUCGAAUGUCCGUGCAACAAAUCGCCAGCAAAUAAAUAACCGUGAAAAAAAUUGUACUUUUAACCGUAAAUAAUAAGAGUGUGUGACUGGUUGUUAACGGUUUGAAAUAAAAAUAACACGUUACUUAUA